CCCACCACAGCUGAAGGGUUUGAACUCCGAGCUCUCCCGCUCGGGGCAGGAGUCCGAGAAGUCUCGCAGCGCGUCCCAGGCAAGGGAGGCUGAGCUGCUGUCCGAAUCGGCCCGGCUCAAGUCCCAGCUCCUGGAGAUGGAGGCAGCCUGCGAGUCUGCGCAGGACAAGGCCCGCGAUCUGGAGCGGCAGUUGCGGGAGUCCGAGUCGCGGCCCCCUCGGCGGAGGGGAGGCGUCGCUCUCGUCCGAGCUGGAGGGGCUGAGGGAGCGCGAGAGGUGCCUCCGGGAGGAACUGACCCGCCGGGAGACAGCGGGCAGGAGUGGGCGUCCCGUGAGUCCGGCCUCCGGCUCGAGCUCAGCGCCGCCCUCGGCCGGGAGCAGGGCCUCUCCGAGGCGCUGGGGCGGGCGCAGGAGGAGGGGCGGCAGGUCUCGGCCCGCUUGGCGGGGCUCCUCUCCGUUCUGCGGCAGGGGCUGGGGCUCCGAGCACCAGAAGACGGGAGAGUGCCCCCGACGGAGCCCGCAUUCUCGCGAGCCAAGGAGGAGGAGGCGGAGGUGGUGGAGGCUGCCCUGAGGGAGCUGAUUGCGAGGGAGGACAGCGCGCGCACGGAGAAGGAGUCUCUGGGGGUCGAGCUGAGAAGCCUGCACCUGCAGAUCGAGGGUCUGGGCUCCGAGAGGCUGGGGACGGCGGGCCGACUCCGGAAACUACAGCACCGGGUGGCCGAGGCCGAGGAGGGUCAUCGACAGGCAACUGACCAGCUCUCGGCUCUCCAGGCCGCUCUACGUCUCCGUGAACAGACACUGUCCCACCAGGAGAGGGAGUGCGCGGCCCUACGUGAGACCGUGCGGCAACUCGAAGAUUGUCUGCACCGCUCCCAGCGGGAAUCGGAGGCUGCCAAGGAGGAAGCGAGGAGGGCACGGGCGAUGGCCGAGCAGGCCGAGGCGGAGGAACGUCGUCACCGGCGCCAGGCCGAGGCCUCGCGGGCUGAGCUGGCCACCUCGGGCCUCUCGCUGGAGGCCGAGCUGUCCCGGGCCCGCUCCCAGCUGACCGAGCGGGAGGCAGAAGCCCGUCACCUGUGCCAGGAGCUGCGUGACCUCCAGCUGCGGUCGCCGAGGCCCAAUCCAGUGCCAGGCCGCGAUUGCCAUGGACGAGUGCUGUUGCCGGGCGGCGGUGGCCCGGGGCCAGCCUCAGUUGGGAAGCGUGGUUUCCAAGGUGCAGCUUGUUGUCAGGGAUUCAUUUCUGUUGCCAAGGGCUGGCCUAUUGCCAGGCUGCAGUCACCGCCGUUCAAUCGGCCAGUAUUGUUGCUGGGCACCGGCCCCCGGCCGCCCCCGUUGCCAGGGCAGCAGUCAUCGCGG